AUGCGCUUCGUCCAAGAGCUCGCUGUCGCUGUCAUGAGUCUCGCGCCGCUAGCUUGCGCUGUUGAUCCGUCUCUACAUUCACGACAGGCUCAGCAAAGUCUCAGCAAUGCGCUGACAAGCCAUGCUGACCUCUCCAUGUUCAACGAAAUUCUGAACAGCUAUCCGAGCAUCAUAAGCAAUGUAACCGCUGGGACGAAGAAUAAAGUCACUCUCCUAGUGCCGACCAAUGUUGCCCUCGCCAAAUUUCUUCAACAGUCCAACGUCAGCGAAAUCACGCAGCUUCCCGUGAGCCAGCUUUUGACCGUCUUUCGAUACCACACUCUGGAUGCUUCGUUGACGGCCGCAAACUUCAGCGCGCCCAGGGGUAUCACAGUUCCCACCAAACUUCGAGAUGAGCUCUUCAACCUUCGGACACCUGGCCCUGCCAUGAUCGACCAAUACGGCGAAGGCGCACAGGGUCAGGUGCUUUUUGUGUCGCCGAGCACCAUUAAUCCCACCAAAUUUAGAGUUAGGCAAGGGACCCCUUCCGAUGAUCAUACCGCAAGCCUACGCGGCGGUCUUGGUCAGACUGCCGAGCUCACAUCGAUCGAUGGGGUGUGGGAUGGCGGAUACUUCCAAGCUGUCGAUGCUGUUCUAGAAGCCCCGGCAGUAUGCUCCACAACCAUCAAGAAGCUCUCAAGCUCACUAUCGGCUCUCGGAGAUGCAUUGGACAAGAUCAAGCUAUGGAGACAACUCGACAAUACCGCCAACAUCACAUGCCUGGGACCCAACACCGCUGCUUUCAAGGAGGCAGGCAGCCCCCAGAGUUCUCUCGGAAACAAAGACCUCAAGAACGCGUUGCUUUUUCACACUCUACCUCAGACAGCUUACAGCGACUUCCUCGUGGAUGGCCAGGAAUUCACCUCGAUGGCCAACGUGACUGUCCGUGUCACGAUCAAGGACAACGAGAUUUGGUUCAACGAUGCCAAGGUCAUCAGCCCCAACGUCCUGACCAACAACGGACUCAUCCACAUCUUGGACCGCGUUAUGUCCGCCAAUGCCCUGCCGGACUCCUCGACUUUCUCACCAACGGGAACGGGCUCGGCUACCCCUACUUCACCCGCCACGCCCCCGAAUGCCGGGAACCUCAUGUCAGAAAACAUUCGUGCCGCCGCAGUCAUUGCUCUUGCGGCUGGUGUGCUACUUGUGUAA